AUGGUACUUCAGUUGUUAUAUGGCUUCGUGGUGGUGGCAGUCAUAGUUUUUAUCUAUGCCAUCCUCAACGACCGGAAACUUGCCCAGUUGCCGCCGGAGGCGAAGGUCUUCUCACCUUUUAGGUUGACAGCUGAAGGUGUGCUGGAUGCAUUCAAGCAACACCGAGAGGAACCUGUUCAUAUUGACCAUCUUCUGCCUCCGAAAACCGGUCGUCGGUACAUUGUGGUCGGUGGGGCGGGCUUUCUGGGAGGUUGGAUUGUUCUUCAACUCCUGCAGCGGGGAGAAGAUCCUAAGAGAAUCCGAGUAUUGGACAUCCGACUACCCACACGGCCUGAUUUGUGCACAGGCAGAGCUCAGCACGUCACCUUCCUCAGGGUGGAUAUUUCCGACGCAAAAGCUGUUUCAGAUGCUUUUCGGGCACCAUGGCCUGAGGACGGUAUUGACAAUGAGGAAAUAACUGUCUUCCAUUCUGCAGCCAACAUCCGCUUCUUCGAGCGGCUUCCUGCGCUUUUCUCCCGCUCAACGGAUAUUAACCACGAGGGUACCAAGAAUAUUAUCGCAUCUUCAAAGGAUAUCGGUGCCAGUGUCCUAGUCUACACCUCCUCAGGAGCUACUGCGGUCAGGCGGACACGCUUUUGGCUGUGGCCAUGGGAGACCCGUCCUCAGUUUUUUGUACAAGUCCUCAAUGAUGAUGACAAUCUUGUUCCAAAGCGGCACGAGCACUUUUUCUCCAACUACGCUGCUUCCAAGAGGUUGGGCGAACUAGCGGUUCGGGCGGCGGACAACUCACAGUCAGGACGAUCUCGUACAUUGAGAACUGGUUGCAUCCGGCCUGGAAACGGGGUUUUCGGUCCUGGAGGUGACAUUCUGUGCGGUGCAUACCUCGUUCGGCAGCACAAUCCCACAUGGGUCGGAAAUAUCCUACAAUCCUUCGUUUACGUGGAGAAUUGCGCACUGGCACACCUAUGCUAUGAGCAACGACUGGUCGAACUGGAGAAAGGAGCAGCGAACCCAGAUAUUGGAGGUCAAGCAUUUACAAUCACGGAUGCAGGGCCACCGCGUACUUUUGGGGACGUAUAUCUCGCAAUCUCAACGCUGGACAGUGAAUGCGACUUCCCAAACUAUUCCUUCACUUUUAUGCUUUCCCUUGCACAUAUCAUCGAGGCACUUUAUGUUUCGAAAGCCUUGCUUUCGAUGUCAGGCUCUGUCUUCGCUCGUGCAAUCGCUAGAAUGAUACCGCCGAUCGGCGGUGAUCUUGUCAUCCUCCAACCGUCUAUGUUUGCACUCAUUGCCGUGCAUCUAAUUUUUGAUGACACGAGAGCGCGACUUUCGCCUUCCGAAGGCGGGCUGGGUUAUUAUGGACCAUACACAACUCUACAGGGUAUAUGUAAGACGGUGGAAGCUCAUUUUAAGGCCGGUAAGGCUGGCGAAGAGAGAUCGCUGGCGGGAGGCGUUGGUUUAAACUUCAAGUCUUGGAGAAUGCCAAGGGGCGUACGCAAGUUGCAGAGGUCGGUCAAGGAACAUCAGCAACCAAAAGCCCACCACCCGGCUCAAUUGAUAGGUGAUGCCGAAGCUGCGAGUUUGGUGUUGACUGGUUGAUUCUAGAGGGAGAGUUACCCGUUUGUUUUGUUGCGGCGUAAGAGGGUUCGGGCCAGGUGCAGGCGGAGCUUGCUAACCAUACCAGCAUUGGGGCCUGAAUCACAAUAAUUUGUUAGUAAUCCUCCAGAUGCUCUUCUCGGAUUAAGUACCCUGUUUCAAACCUUGUUAGAGAAGUCUGAUGCGA